AUGGUCACAAGGCGAAUUCGAUUGGAAGAMUAUGACAUUUCUCCAUCCACGGGAUUCGUUCCAGAAAAACCAUUGGAGAGAUUACCAGAAUAUUUCAAUCCAUGGGAGAAAAUCUGUGAUGAUAUUCCACAAAUGGUAAAAGAUGGAACGAUUCGCGAUGCAGUUCACAAGCUUUUAUWCCUGGACCACAGUUUACUUUCCAAUGAAGAAGAAUACUACAGGGCACACUUGGUACUCACAAAUUUAGCACACUCGUAUGUCUGGUGUCAUGGAGACAAUGGAUCUCCAAAGGUUUUGCCCAAAAAUAUUUCUGUCCCAUUGUUUGCYGUCUCUAAACGUUUAGAUYUCCCCCCUGUGAUGACAUAUCACAUACUGGUUAACUGUAACUGGAGGAAAAUUGGCUCUAAUGACAGCGAUAUUCAAAUCAUCAACACCUUAACUGGAACAAAAACUGAAGAAGGAUUUUACAAAGUUCCUCUCGAAAUGGAACUGGAGUUCGGAAAAGGAGGACCAGAGGCUUUGGUUAAUGCAGGACAGGCUGUUCUCGAUGAUAAUGUCAAUCAACUGUUGGACGUGCUGAAAGUUUUGACGAAUAUCAUUCGUAACAUCACGUCGGUGUUUCUAAAAAUAAACGAUAAAGAGUUGGCAAAACAUGGACGAACUAGUCCAAGUGAAAAGAUAAUUAUUUCAAAAACAUCAUACCAUUUAUCAAUGUUGGCAGUGAGUUGCAUGCAAAGCAGUAAAUUCUGGAUUAUUGAUAAUGUAGAAAAACCCAUAACGUUUUUGGAUUGUACUGAAGCCACUUUUUUGCAGUUUUUUGGAGCAAGCGGAUCACAGUCCGCCGUUUUUCACGUUCUCGAUGUAUUUCUACGAAUUCCACAUCMAACUCAGAAUGGUGAAGAGCAUUAUCUUGACAAAAUAAGGCUCCACAUUCCACCCAAGCACAGAGCAUUUAUCGAGGCUAUAGCGAAUGGACCAUCAGUAAAAGCAUACGGUAGGAUAAAUAAACGUAUAAUUUUGCAGAAAAAUAACUCACUUUUGACAGAGGCAUACAACCAAUGUGUCGAAGAGUUGCACGACUUCAGAAAUGCACACGUGAGGGUGAUAGUGAGGUUCAUCAUCUGUCAGGCAAAUAAGUUUCCUAAAAACACCAAUCAAAAGUUCUCAGGCACUGGUGGUACAGAUCUGCUGCCAUUUUUAAGGAAAAUUCGCAGUGAAACUCAAGAAGCCAAGAUAUAA